AUGCCCAAACAACUCCCAGUGGUUCCUUCCACAAUGCGCCUCCAUCAAAUGAUCACUCUUUCACCAGGAAAGGUCGUCUACAGAGAUUUCAGCUGUGCCUGCUCAACCAAACAGAUUCCUGAGUGUACAUGUCACAACUCACAGAGAUUUGAAUUUGAUGUUCAGCCCGUCCUCUCUGAUACCGCUGAAGAGCAACAAACAAGAGGAGAAAUUAAGUGGGAGAGCAAAGAUGUGAUGGGACAGUGGUGUGUCAUUAAAUAUGAUGAUGACUUUUAUCCUGGGACCAUUGUUGAGGUCAAUGAGACACAUGCAAAAGUCACAUGCAUGCACAAGGUGGGGAAGAAUCGCUUCUACUGGCCAAACCGU